CGAUGAGCACGUAGCAGGCUGGAUGCAGGACACACUCGUGCGGAUUGUGAACAACUUGAUAGCUUGUAAAGACGACAGGUCUGCUGGUGCUCGUGCCGUUGUGGGCGGCUCCACUACAUCAUCAACAUCCAGAGCGAAGCUACUUACGUGUAGUUCUCCCGGGUAUGAACGGACAACAUACAAUUUGACCCCAAAACGAGCAUAUAGUGCCACGAGAAUGAAACUAGCGACCUACGAGAAUGAGGAAGCAAAUGGGGCUCCACCCGCUUACAACUUUUCCCGGUCCGGACGGGGUAGACGCUGCGCUUUUCAUAGGGCUUGUGCCCGUUUUUUCGCGCAACGCUCCUUGUUUUGCGCGCGGUUUUUCUAUUUCUUUACAAAAUUGGAAAACCGGCCGGAUGCGGAUGCAGCUUUUCUCCCCGCAGGAGAAAAGCCGCAUCACAAAUUCGCAAACUUUGCUUCCUCCGGUUGGAGAAAGACCUUCUCCGCAUUACAAAUCUCCUCCGGUUGGAGAAAGACCUUCUCCGCGUAUCUAUACAAAUUUCCUCCGGUUGGAGAAAGACCUUCUCCGCAUUACAAAUUUUGAAAGGUGCCCAUUGCCAUUGCGUUUGUAAUGCGGAGAGCCCGACCUUUCAAAGGUCGGGCUCUCCGCAUUACAAAUUUUGAAAGGUGCCCAUUGCCAACUGAAAAGGUACCUUUUUUCCGAAAAUCCCCCUUGGUAACUGAAAAGUGUUUCAGUUACCAAGGGGGAUUUUCAUCACUCGGUGAGUGGCGAAAGCGCUUUCGCCACUCACGGUCGGGCUCUCCGCAUUACAAAUGCAAUGGGAAAAUGCGGAGCCCGGAGCCUCGGGUUCUCCGCGAAUCUUCAGGGGAAGAUUCGCAUUCGCAACCCGGGCUCUUCUCCGCAUUACAAACCCCACAAGCGGCUGCCGCAGCCGCUGCACACCGUCGUGCGUAACCUUUUGCGCGAUGCUAUCCCCAAGCAGCAAUAUUCGUACUCCCGAUAGCAUCGGGCGUGAGGUUAUGCUGCAUGGUAUCGCUGCGUGCGAAUUUCCCUCGCAGCCAUAGCAUUAGGUUACGCACGACCUGUGGGUUGUCUCUUUUCUGCCCCCCCCCUUGGCCGUUGUGCAGCUUCUUUUUACCUUUUUACCCUCAAACACGACCGGAUUCCGGGAAAAGUUGUGGUUUUGGGUGGAGCCCCAACUUUUCGCAAUUUCCGCCCCAGCAACCGGGGCAACCUCAAUGAACCCAUCGGGAUGCACCGCCCGGAACGAAAUGGGCCCGAUGACGCCGCGAGCCUGGCUGCGAUGACGCAGACAGGCCGCGAGCCUGGCUGCGGUGUCGGUGGCUCCACUACAUCAUCAACAUCCAUAGCGAAGCUACUUCCGUGUAGUUCUCCUGCUCCCGGCGAACAACGAGAACAACAAACUCGCCCGACACGACAGCUCGUUCACCUUCCAGGAGGUGGACCCAAAGAGAAGGACAAAGCUCAAGAUGGUCGUCCUCGUCCUGUGACCCCCCGCCAUGGGGACGACAGCAGCACGACAGCACCCGAUGGAGUGAACCAAAACCGGCUUGAAGAUGUGCACCAAAACAAGAAUCUGGAGUUUCUGUACAUUUUGGAGAGCCUGCUGUCCCGCAUGGGCUAUUUGGAAUCUCUGAUCAAGCAGGUGGAAUCGCUGAAACAGUCGCUGGCACCGCAAGAAAGCAAAUUCCUGCACUUGAGCCAGGAACUGGAGCACCGGAUUAAGGACUACGAGAAAAAAAUCGGAGGCCUCUACUUUCUAGGAACAAAUUGGCCUAGCAAAGAAAAAGGCUCCUAAACGCCGACCAAAUGAAAACAAAACGGCAACUAACGGGGCAGAAAAGCACGAAAGGGCGGCCCAAGAGCGCCCCGGCCUUUUCAGGUUGUGCCCCUUCUACCCUGACGCGCGCGCCCUCGUUCCGUGUGCCAAUUGGCGGCCUUCGGUGGCACCAGCGGGAGCAGCGCGAAUUUCUAUGCGCGGCUGUGCGCGCAUGCCUUCUGGGCUGUCCGGCCACCGGCGUGCUGCUUAGCGACUAUCGCGAGGACUAUUUUGCGACAAGCACCCUCAAAGCAGACGCGCCGCUUUUUGACAGACGCGCAGGCUCCGUAGCGGUGCCGAGGGGAAGUCGUGCGAAUGUCGGACCAAGCAUUGCGGCCCUCUGUGUGGGGUAAAGCUAGUAGAGGGCCAAACGAGGACUCCUCCGCCCUUGUCUGCCCCAAGGUCGCGAGAUGUUGAGUCAGGUCGGAAGAGGGGCGGGGGAAUGAACCGACCUGAAGGCCACAGAAAAUGCGAAGGGAAGGGCGAAAAAAGAACAGCAACAGGCGCCACGGGAAGGCCUCGACGGCCCGUCGGGAAGCCGCCGGCCCGUCCUCAGACACGGUGGGAUUCUCGAUUUUUUCCGGUUGGGAGGGGCCCCCAACCGGAGAAAAUGGAGCGCCCCACCGUGUCUGAGGACAAACCGGCGGCUUCCUGGCGGGCCGCGAGGCCUUCCCGGCCGGUGCGCCUGCACGUAGCUGUAUGGCCUGCCACAUAGCGGCCCCUUCCCCUUGUCCCUUUCCUUGAGCCUUUCCUUCGGAUUUUGGUAGAUUUUCGGCAAAUUUUUGGGAGCUUUCAAAAACGCAGAGUGAUACGCACUCCGCCUUUUUUUUGACACGCAAAGUGACACGCAGAGUGACACGCACACUGAUACGCACUCGUCAAACACGACCUGUUUCUCGUUUUUGACGAGUGUGUACUGUCAAACCGCUCUGUAAAUUGACACGCAGUGAGUGCGUGUCAGUGCGUGUCACUUUUACAGACCGGAGAGAGGUUUUGGAAAGUUUUGGAAAUAUCCUUCACCGACGGUAUUGUGUGACACGCACUCACUGCGUGUCAAGUGCGUGUCACUCUUCACGCCUGUAUUCUCGCCACCAGCGAUUCGGUCGUGCGUGUCACUGCGUGUCACCAGAAUAUAGGUGCAAAAAGUGACACGCACUGACACGCACUAGAUGCGUGUCACUACCAUACCGUGCAGGAGAGAGACAACGCCUGUCGUCUUUUGGUCUUCCCCGAUGGUAUACGGUGACACGCACUGAGUGCGUGUCACUUUUUGCACCUAUAUUCUGGUGACACGCAGUGACACGCAUUGCGGUACGCAAGUGACACGCAGUGUGACACGCACUGCGUGUCACUUGCGUAUCACUUUGCGUGUCAACUGCGUGUCACUUUUUGGACUCAACUGCGUGUCAACUGCGUGUCACUUUUUGGACGUUUUGCUUGUCUGAGCGUGUUCAUUUUUUUGCGCCUUUUCUUCCCGAAUUCGACUGCCUUUUUUUGCGCCACAUUCUGCUUUUUUGAACAACAGAAAAUACGGCUUUUUUCUGUACUUUGGCAGCUCCAAGUUGAAGAAAAAGGCCGCGCUGUAUGUUUUGCUGCAGAAAGUACUCAAGACCGGCGCCCCCGCCCUGCUGGCGGGGGUCGGUUGGCCGGCAUGGGAGAGAGCACGAAGCGCCCGGAAAAGGGAAAAGAGGCCUUUUCCUGAAACUUGGCGGCCCGAAGUUGCAGAAAAAGGCCUCCAAAUGAUUGCCGCGAGCAAGUGCGCGCGCUUGGUCUGGCUUGGCUUCUUUGGCUCGGGCGAUGCUUCCUCGCUAUUGUUGGGCGCGCAGCUGGGCGCGCGGUUGGGUGCAAGCCGGCUUCUUGGCUGCGAUAGCUGCGAAGAAACGAAAAGACGAGCUUUUUCUGCAACUUGGCGGCCCCAACUUGUCGAAAAAGCCUGUCAGCCGAGACCUGUUGAACAAGACCGCUGCGCCUUUUGCUGCUGCCUGGCCGGAGGGGCCCGGUGACCUUCCGCCCUAGGCCCUCGCAUUUGUGCCUGGCCGCUAACUGAGGCCUUUUCUGGCAACUUGCAGCUGGGAACUUGUCCAAUUUGCGCGUCUUCUUUUUGUGUUUCUUGUGUUGGGCUCUGGGGCCAAAAGAAACACUUCGACAGCGCCACUCCCUAUCGCCGCCUGGCGUCCCAUGGCCAUGGUAGUGGACAUUUUGAGCGCGUUUCAGAAGCCACCCAGUUGCUAGGCCGAUUUCACUCCGAUACUUUGCCGGACAGCAGCAAGUGGUGGCGUCCUCCUCGGCCUUGCUUAGAAGCAGCUCAACAGGUGGGACCGCUGUCGGUGGUGAACAAGACAAAACAGGCAAUCUGAAGAACAAAAUGAAUGCUAGCGGGAGUGGGGAACAAAGCUACAGCUCCGCCAGCGCUGGCGCUGGAGGAGGGGCUCAUGCUACUAGAAGUGCUACCGGCGCAGGAGCCGCUGGUGCUGAUUCACAUGCAGCUAGUGCCACAACUCCAUCACUAGAACAACUACAGAAGGCUUUUGAUCUACAGCAAGUCAAUCCUGGCGCGACACAAUUGCUGGACACAAUCGUGUGCAACAGCAAAUUGCUCGACACAUCCGCCUCGCUAGACUUCGCCGCGAGCUCUCGAUUUGAAGAAAUGCUCGUGCACCAGCAGGCCAACCUGAAUUGUGAUGUCCAGGAGCACAGCAAGUGUGGAACUACCAGCAGAAGUAGGAGUUGCCACUUUAAAGAUCUCGAAACGCCCUUCCUGUCCUGCGUGCCGUAUCACCUAAAUUUGAGCUACCACCAGGACUGCGCCGUUCCGAAUUGGAUUGAAGCCGAAUUUCAGCGAAAGUUCCAGCACCUUGAGACUACAGCUGCUGGAGGAUACUGUAACUUCGGCGAAACCGAUGAACAACGUCAUGACCCGGUAGCUGUACCGGCAGCAGGUACUGUACUAGGUGCUGCCUCCUCUUGGUCGACGACGUCUCUUCAGCAAAACCAAAACUGUGGACGAGCAUUGUUUCCACUGCGAGGACAGCAGGACCCCGCAGCCAAGCCCUCGGCCGAGCUUCGGAGUCGAUUUUUCCUGGAUCGCCAUGCGGUGCCUAUGGAUAUCGAAGAUCCACUUCAAGCUCGUUCUACUUGCUCUGAACAAAGAACAACGCAGCCGCCUAAAAGCCACGAGAUGAUGAUGAUGAAUAAAGCGGUGGAUGAACACGAUCACGAAGUAGAAGUGCUACAAGGUUCUUCCGGAUCACCAACCAAGAGACGGAUGCAAAAUCGGGAGAAGGCGCAGAAGCUGCAACCGGAGCAGGCACACGAAGAAGAACUACCAUCGGGCCGAACAAGCAUAAGUGCCGACGGCGUGAUAGUGGAAUCAAGAAAUGGUAAAAAUGCAGCUCCACAAGGCGACGACGAUAGUACAAGACAAGACUGUUCUGGCGCGGCGCCAAGCUCGUCUCGGGUGGACGACCCGGAUGCAGGUGCGGCGGGGACGACACAUCAUCAGCCGCAGCUGAUUUCAGAGUCGCUCCCCGCUUCUUCGCUGCCGGCCUCGGCGACGAGAAAGAACAACUCGCUUUUGAAACCGCAGUACCAAUCCAUAAUGGACCACCUGGCGCUCUCUUUGAAUUGCACCUACCGUGACCAGAGCUUCGAAAAAGCGCACCAAGUGCGCGACGUUCACAAAAUUUUGAAGCAGUGGAGCGGCGACGCGCAAGCGAGAUUUCUCUUCCGCGAGGUCGCGCGCUUUGGCGGCAUUUUGGAAGAAGCUGGCGUGUUGUCCUGCGCGGGGGAGGAGUUUGUGCGCGAGGUGGAGCAACGGAGCGGGGGUUGUGCCAGAACUGGUUUUCAUGAAGAUCAUGCUUCUGAUGGAACUCGUACUGGUGAACCUUUCGCUACAGUUGGUAAUAAUAGUCGUGCUCGCGAAGGUGGCGUAGGCGUACCAACUCGCGACUCGACUUCGGCCACCAGUGUAGAAGUAGGUCGUCCAGCUCAACAACAACACGGCGGGCCCACUCCACCUGCUGUGAUGUCCUCGUGCCCUGCUCUGGGCAACAGCUACAGCAGCAACCGGAAUCAACCUGGUGCGGCCUCCUUGUUCCACAGUUUGAACUUAAACCGAACGGCCUUCAGCCGCAGAAACAUCGGCUGGUCAAAAUUCUUGGCGCACAGGAAAAAAGCUGCAAAAAGUAACGACGAGAACAAUAAACAGGGAAAUAAUGAUGAACUUAAUUGUGGUGCAAAAAUUGAAUCAGAUAGCGCAGAAAAUAAAGCUGCGCCAGAGUUUCAGUUCACGGAUGACGAGGACCACGAUGGGCACGACGAUUCUUCGAGUUCGGCUGCGCAGCAAGAAGACCACUACCCGACGAUGCCCCGGCGUCCGCCCUUCAUUGUGAAAGUGAACACGAAUACACUCUCGGCAAAAUCGGCGGAAUCCGUGCGGAUGCAGGCGUAUUUCGACGAGUAUGAGGCGGAGUUUGAGAAAUACUGUGCCGAGGUCGUGGAAAUCGGACGGACGGUGUACGGCCACAAACCGGAGCCGAGCUUCGUCCUCACAAAGUUCUUUCCCGAAGCAAAAAAGCCAACAGGGGAAAGAUCAACGGCGGAAACACGAGGGGGUGAUAAACGAGGUGAAGAACAGGGCGGUAAAUCACCGGGCGGCCCACCAGGGGGUGGAGCGGCAGGUGCAGAGCCACGUAAUCAUGAAGAUAAGACCAAAUCCAAUCCUGACGGACGAGGUCGCACAGCACAACAACAAUCUCCAAGCUCGCGAGCAAGAGCUGGCACAGCAGUCGGCGUCAAAAAAAAUCCUGUAAGUGACGGACGACCAGGACCACUCGGUGCGGGCGCAGGACGAGAUACAACAACGGGUACUAGUACUGCUUCUGUCCUCCAUCUACAACGCGGGUCUUCAACCACAAGCAGAGGAGCUCCUGUGCCCCCUGCUCUCGAGUCCUCGCGCACUCCAGCAAAUACGGACUGCACGGCCCGUGAGGAUGACAGCAAAAAGAAAAAUCAAAAUGUCUCCUCGUCCACUGUUCAUCCCGCCGGUGCUGGCGCACCAACAGCUGCUCAAAGCCUGGACGAGAUUACGGCCGACGACUGUGACUUGCUGUAUGACGAUUUGUUAACUGAUCAGGACAAGAAACAAGCCACCGCGGCCCGGGCGGCCAAAGUGAACGCGGCCGCCGCUGCAGCGUCGUCGAAGUCGAAGACGAAAAAAAUCGUAGUGCCGGGAUCGAAAGCCGCACGGGCGCAGCCGCCAAACGAGGAAGGGGCGGUAAAUUAUAGUAGAACAACGGGCGGCGGUUCUGGCAUUGGUGGUGGUGAAGGAACGACGACAUCAAUCUGGGACCAGCAAGCCGCGCCAGCAGCUUCCCAAGAAAUAAAUAAACCCCUCUUCGAAGGGUUGUUGAGCGGACAUCAGUCAACGACGACGUGCUUCGGAUCUACUUCUUCGACUUCUCUGCAGCCAAGCUCUUCCUUGGUCAUUUCGGCAUCCACUUCAACUUGGUCCUCCUCUCCCACAAGUAGAGCCGCGGCUCUUCGAAAGGAAAACCGAAUCAUGCCACCGCCUCCGCCCGCGUUCGCCCGCGGGGGAGGAGGUGGACGGUUUUAUCAAGAAUCGGCCAGAAGAACUUCCAGAUCACGAGCUUUCGCACCCCCGCCCUUACCCGGAACUACGACUAUGGGAGGAUCAUCUUCAUCAACACGCGAUAGGAGUGGUAGCAAUUAUGCCUUUGGACGAACGGCGAGUAGGACGACACCCACAGCGGUGGCCUCGACGCUCCCCGCGGAUCGGGCCCGGGGAGGAGGAACAAAUAUAGCACAACAUCCAUGGGAUAACCUCAAAGAUCAUUCGACGUCGAGCCGGACUGGAGGUGCUCUUCGUCUUCCCCAUCCCACCGCACCGUCUGGUUCAAGCAGCAGUGGCUGGGCCAAUCUCGGGCGCAGCACGUCUACCACGGCUGCAGCGGCAUCUUCAACAACAUCAAGAAGUGUAGUUGCGCAGCCAGGGUCGAGCUCGAGGACAACAUUUCUACCCAUGCCUGCAGACCUGGAGAUCCUCGCGGGGGCAGCACCGCCGGUACUUCAUAGAGAUCAUGCUGCAGAUCAUCAAGCAGUGAAUGUUGCCCCUCUAUCAUCUGGUGUAGUGGGGCGAGGACGUCCAGAGGUCAGUGCUGUGGCAGUUGUUCCAGCUGCACAGCCAGCUAGUACUGGAGGUGGAACAAGUGGAAUGAUAACGAGGAACAAUCCGACAACUAAGGGAAAGGGCAAGAAACAGGGCAAGAACGCCACUGCAGCGACCUCCGCGAGGACGGGAAGGAUCGGACUCGACGAAUGGUUCAAUAAUGGCGAGAAAACCGAGUCCGAACCAGACACAGAGUGCUCCGAACUUCCGGAUCCGGAGUGAGUAGAAAAAGUACAAGUCGACGAACAGACGUCAAGUUCUUCAUCUCGUAAAAAAAAAGUGAUGAACAUGUCGCACUAUCAUACUUACAGCAAAAAAUCAUGUUAACAAUACAGAAGACAUUUUAUUUGGCAGCGAAGGCAUUUUUAUGCCAUUCAGAAAAACACAGGAGCACGAGAGAACCAACUACAAGGCAACAAGAACCACAAGCACAAGAAAGGAACCCAAAUAAGGCGAAGGCGAUCAGUAGCCUCAGCCGCCACCAGCAGCGAGGUGAAGG